AUGGGCGGCUCAGCCCCACAAAGCCGGGGAGAAUUGGAAAGGUAUAUUCGAAUUGUUGGGACCCACAACACAGUGAACAAAGUUUUCCAUAUUGUGGCAUUUGAAUGCAUGUUCACGAACAAAACCUUUACUCUUGAGAAAGGUCUGAUAGUUCCCACUGAAAAUGUUGCAACAAUUGCAGACUGUGCCAGUGUGAUUGAGGGUGUAAGCCGCAGUCGCAACGCCUUAUUGAAUGGAGACACAAAAAACUACGACUGGGAUUCUGGGUACACAUGCCAUCAGCUUGGGAGCGGAGCUAUUGUAGUACAGCUAGCACAGCCCUACAUGAUUGGAUCAAUACGAUUGCUACUUUGGGACUGUGAUGAUCGGAGCUACAGCUACUACAUUGAGGUUUCAACGAAUCAGCAGCAGUGGACUAUGGUGGCCGAUCGCACAAAAAUUUCCUGCAAAUCCUGGCAAACAAUCACUUUUGAUAAACAGCCUGCAUCUUUUAUCAGAAUAGUCGGAACUCACAACACAGCUAACGAGGUGUUUCACUGUGUGCAUUUUGAGUGCCCAGCACAAAACAGUACCCACAAGGAUGAGAGUAGUAAGGAAGUGGCAACAACAGAGGUGGGGACUGUUGGACAACAGCUUGUUUCUCGCCCUGUUCGAGCUGCAAGCACCGGUUCCCUGCUUUCCCCUCCUGGAUCCACCUCGCGUUCACAUGCUCACCAGCCAUAGGGGAAAUUGAAAGAGCAGCUUUUGUAGCUCCACUGAUGUUAUACGAAAUUAUUCAGAACCUUCUUGUGCUGGCACCUUUUCUUUCUUUUUCCUCUCUGAACAAAGGGGACCAUGUCUGAAAGCUGGAAGUGCUGAAAUGGAAAAGGCUUUUCCGAAGGAAAUAAAGAGACUGCUUCACUCUCCUCAAUUUGUUCAAAUCAGGCUGGUCUCCGAGGGGGGAGAAAAUAGGUCUUCAGUCUUCAUCAAGUACCCUAUUAACAUCCUACCUCUCUAAUCUAACCAAGGCAAGGAGAACAGAAGGAAAUAAAAGGCAGAGCUACUAGUGGAAAUGUAAAAUGACUUGAGCAGAAUGGAAGGUGUAUGAGAUAAGUAUUUGUUCCCUGAAGGCUUUCAGUAGCAAAGAAAAUGUUUAUGGAACACAUCAGUCCAGAAUAUAUGUUAUUAUUAAAAGCUAUUCUUCAUUCAUAUUUCUUUGUAACUAGUAAUCUGUUUCCUAAAUUGUUUUGACUCU